AUGCCUCCUCCUCUUUCUCCUGUUUCUGAUGAAAGGAAAAGAAGCACUAUGCAGCAAGCUCAGGGUGGGGUGUCCUUUAAAGAGGUGGCUGUGUAUUUUACGAAGAGGGAGUGGAUCUUGCUGCACCCAGCCCAAAGAGCCCUGUACAAGGAAGUCAUGCUGGAGAAUUUUGGGAAUGUGGCCUCUCUGGGACCUGAGAUGGCUAAACCUGACCUCAUAACCUGGCUGGAAGAGGAGGAAGAGCCUUUUCUCCUGUUCUCUGAAGAAGAAAAGGGAUUGUCAGGCAACAGUGGAAAGACAUCCUUGAUGCCUUUUCUGCCAUCUCCUCCUUGUGGUGAAGGGAAAAGUGGCACCAUGAAGCUAGCUCAGGGCGGGGUAUCCUUUGAGGAGGUGGCUGUGUAUUUCACCCAGGGGGAGUGGGCCUUGCUGCACCCAGCCCAAAGAGUUCUGUACAAGGAAGUCAUGCUGGAGAAUUUUGGGAACGUGGCGUCUCUGGGAACCAAGAUGGUCAAACCUGGCCUGAUAUCCCAGCUGGAAGAGGAGGAAGAGCUGUUUCUCCUGAGCUCUGAUGAAGAGGAGGGACUGGCAGUAUAUAAAUGCCUGGAGUGUGGGAAAAGCUUCCGACUGAGUGGAAAACUUGCCAUCCAUCAACUAAUUCAUACUGGGGAGAAACCAUACACAUGCCUGGAGUGUGGGAAGAGCUUCAGGAGGAGUGGAAACCUAAUUCGCCAUCAAAGAAUUCAUACAGGGGAGAAACCAUAUAAAUGCAUGGAGUGCGAGAAGAGCUUCGGAAGGAGUGGACACCUAAUUUCCCAUCAAAGAAUUCACACAGGGGAGAAACCAUAUAAAUGCAUGGAGUGCGGGAAGAGCUUCGGAAGGAGUGGACACCUAAUUUCCCAUCAAAGAAUUCACACAAGGGAAGAACCAUAUAAAUGCCUAGAGUGUGGGAAAAGCUUCAGUAGGAGUGGAGACCUUACUUCCCAUCAAAUAAUUCACAGUGGAGGGAAACCAUAUACAUGCCUGGAGUGUGGGAAAAGCUUUAGGAAGAGUGGAUACCUAACUGUCCAUCAAAGGAUUCACUCAGGGGAGAAACCAUAUAAAUGCAUGGAGUGCGGGAAAAGCUACAGGGAGAGUGGAUACCUAAAUGUGCAUCAAAGGAUUCACUCAGGGGAGAAACCAUAUAAAUGCAUGGAGUGUGGGAAAAGCUACAGGGAGAGUGGAUACCUAAAUGUCCAUCAAAGAAUUCACACAGGGGAGAAACCAUAUUCAUGCCUGGAGUGUGGGAAAAGUUUCAGUCGUAAUGGCACUCUUAGUAGACAUCAAAGAAUUCACACAGAGAAACCACAUAAAUGUCUGGAGUGUGGGAAAAGCUUCUGUAAUAAUGCAAAACUUUCUUCCCAUCAAAGGAUUCACACAGGGGAGAAACCAUAUCAAUGCCCGGAGUGUGGGAAAAGCUUCAGAAAUAAUCGCAGACUUACUGUCCAUCAUAAAAUUCACACAGGGGAGAAACCAUAUCAAUGUCUGGAGUGUGGGAAAAGCUUCAGUAAUAAUGCAAAACUUUCUUCCCAUCAAAGGAUUCACACGGGGGAGAAACCAUAUCAAUGCCUGGAAUGUGGGAAAAGCUUCAGAAAUAAUUGCAGACUUACUGUCCAUCAUAAAAUUCACACAGGGGAGAAACCAUAUCAAUGUCUGGAGUGUGGGAAAAGCUUCAGUAAUAAUGCAAAACUUUCUUCCCAUCAAAGGAUUCACACAGGGGAGAAACCAUAUCAAUGCCUGGAGUGUGGGAAAAGCUUCAGUUGGAAUGACAGUCUUUCUUCCCAUCAAAGGAUUCACACAGGGGAGAAACCAUAUCAAUGCCUGGAGUGUGGGAAAAGCUUCAGUCAUAAUAAGAGUCUUACUUUCCAUCAAAGGAUUCACACAGGGGAGAAACCAUAUCCAUGCCUGGAGUGUGGGAAAAGCUUCAGAGAUAAUGGGAGUCUUACUUACCAUCAAAGAGUUCACACAGGGGAGAAACCUUAUAAGUGCCUGCAGUGUGGGAAAAGUUUCAGUCGUAAUAGCACUCUUACUAACCAUCAAAGAAUUCACACAGAGAAACCACAUAAAUGUCUGGAGUGUGGGAAAAGCUUCAGUAAUAAUGCAAAACUUUCUUCCCAUCAAAGGAUUCACACCGGGGAGAAACCAUAUGAAUGCCUGGAGUGUGGGGAAAGCUUCAGUCGGAAUUACAUUCUUACUUCCCAUCAAAGAAUUCACACAGGGGAGAAACCUUAUAAGUGCCUGGAGUGUGGGAAACGUUUCAUUUGUAAUGGCCAUCUUACUAGACAUCAAAGAAUUCACACAGGGCAGGACCUAUGUAAAUGUGUGGAGUGUGGGAAAAGCUUCUGUAAUGAUGCAAAACUUUAUUCCCAUCAAAUGAUCCAUACAGGGGAGAAACCAUAUAAAUGUCUGGAGUGUGGGAAAAACUUCAGGCGGAGAGAUAGUCUUACUUCCCAUCAAAGAAUUCACAUGGAGGAGAAACCAUAUAAAUGCCUGGAGUGUGGAAAAAGGUUCAGUUCGAAUACUGGUCUUACUUACCAUCAAAGAGUUCACACAGGGGAGAAACCAUAUUCCUGCCCGGAGUGUGGGAAAAGCUUCCGUGACAGUGGAAAACUUAGUACCCAUCAAAGAAUUCACACAGGAGGAACCAUAUAA